UUGGUAAAGUGAAUUAUUAGAGAAUUUCAAUCUCCCGUGUCGCUUUUCAUUACUUUGCUUCUAAAUAUGUACGAUUCCAGUAUUUUUCGCAAGGUAGUCACCAUUUAGUGCGAUGCUGCCCCCUACUGACCAAAAGAUGGCCGAAAUGAGGACAGACGGCGACAUGGGUGGCAAAACCAAUAAAACGCACUGUCGUCAACUUUAAGUGUUGACUGGACGACUCACAAAAAAAAAAAAAAAAAAAAUGUGUCUUUUUGUGUCCGCGCUGCUUCUAAUUGUUGCAAGGACGACUUCUUUUUCCGAAGGGCAGCGCAAGAACACGCUCAAUGUUGUCCCCAAGGACCCGUACGUCCAAGCGGGAACUGAUAUCCGGAUCACGUGCGAGAACCUCUGCGUCCACGGCGAAGUGUACUGGACGCUGAACAACGAGCUCGUGGACCAAAGACGGUCGCGCGCCAUCAACUCCACGCAUAACGUCGUGUCGCUGAGGAACAUCACGCUGGACAAAGCCACGGUGAUGUGCCGCUGCGCCUUUACCCAGGAAGUACUCGGCGGGACCAUCCUCAGAACAUACUCAAAACCCACCAAAGUCGGCUGCAUCUGGCAUUACAGUGACAGUCUGCCGUUUCUACGUCUACCUGACCUUUUCACCUGCACUUGGGAGCACCGUCACCACUUUCCGGGGAAAAUCAAUUACACCGUACUCUUCACCUCUUGGUUGGACUCGUCCCGGUCGGAAAUCUGCAGCUCACACGUGCCAACGUGCACGUGGAAAGAUAGUCGCUUGUUGGAUUAUCUUACCCUGUCGGGUAACUACAGUGUGACGGUGAGAGCGAAGACCAAACACUGGGAGGUUGACUCGGACCCUUUUGAAUUUUACCCCCAUCACAUAUUGCAAAUUCAGCGUCCGAAUUUGAGCGUCUUUGCCUUCUCCGGUCAUCUAUUGGCCGAGUGGACCACCUGGACCGCCUCAAAGAAACACGACUGCCAAGUUAAAUAUGACAAGGAGGUGCUGAGUAAGACUUUAGAAGCCGGAGAAAAAGGAAACAUGGCCAUCGAAAAAGUCGAGUCAUGCACUUACUACAACGUUGCCGUCCGCUGCGCUUGGGAGAGCGCGCCGUGGAGUGAAUGGAGCCGAGAGGAAACAGUUCUGAGUCGACUAAAUCGGAAUGACGUCACGCUCCGGCUGUGGAGGAAGGUAACAGAACCGGGGAAAGACGGCGUGAGAAAGGUUUACGCCAUGUGGAUGGAGAUUCCGUCGGCGUGCCGAGGCACUUUUACAUAUUUUAUCCAAAAGGCUGUCUACAAGGGCCACGAGGUCCAAGGGGAUUAUGGUCGUACCUUAUGCGGGAAUUCGACGUGUACGAUUCGUGUGAACGAAGAGGCCCACAGAGUGAAGCUGAGGGUCUUUCACGACGAGGUCUUGCUGGCAGAGGACUCCGUUUAUGUUCCGGCUGUUGGAGAAACCAGCCUGCCCCAAGUUUCGAACGUGCGGACUUCAAGCACCCGAGGCGUGAUUUCAGUCAGGUGGGCCGCCCCUCCUCAACCCGUCAGGGGUUACAUGAUCGACUGGACCCACGACGGGCUUCGGUACCACUGGAUGGAAAGCAAUUCCACCAGCGAAUCGCUCUUUGGACUCUUGGAUCAAAAGCCGUACGAUAUCACAGUCACCCCGCUGUUCGGUGACAAGACGGGCCUCGGCGCACGGGUCUUGCAGAUCUGCAGCACGAUAGCAGCUGCAGCAAAUUUCUCCGGCAUCAGGGUGGAAGUUGGUGACAAAAGCGCGCUUGUCAGUUGGAAUAUGGAGCCCCAGGACAUAUGCGGGGGGGUUAUUCUCCACUAUGUUGUUUUCUAUGGAACGGACCAGGGACCACAAUUCAAUGUCACGGUUAACGGCGCAAAACGGGAGGUCCUUUUGAAGGACCUGAUUCCUUACACCCAGUACAGCAUGUACGUCAAGGCUGUGGCUCGAACUGGAGCAAGUGAAAGCAACGUGAGGCACUUCAAUACAAAACGAUUUGAUCCGGACUUCGUUAAAAAACUUGGUGCCGUCGGAAGCGCCGUCAUCGUCCUCUUGUUAUCUGCGGGAUUGUACUGCGCUAUACAGUACAAAAGAUUCCUGGAAAAGCCUCUUCCGAACCCGGGCCUCAGUUCUGUGGCGCUGUGGCCAUCAGGAGGCCAUCAAAAGGGGAUGUUCCCUUUCCGGCUCUUCAGCUAUCCAUCGGAAGGAGUCUGCGCACGCGUGUACACGGAGGAAUCCCGACUGACUCGCACCGACGGUUCCCGCCCGGACCCGGCCGUCGGCCCCCGGGAAGAAUACAGCGGCCCGGGUUUUACGGGAAAACCGGACGCACGCGACGAGAGGGCGGACGACCUCGGAGAGACGUUCAGUCUGUCUUCUUCCAGAGAAUUCUCAGCGCUGCUCUCUGAGGGCGGCGGCCAAUCGAGCCCGUACCGGAGCCAGGGUUCUAUAGAAAGCCCGACCCACAGUACCGGGAAAGAAUUCCAGUGUCUGCUUCCGGGGAAACAUCAGCAACUGGCGGCAACGUUAGCCAUGUACGUCACCGUGGACAUGUUUGAGCAACACGAGGGCACGUGAGAAAAGACGGGAGCAUCCCAUAAUAUACACUCGAGCUGCGAUACUAUUAAUUAUGUAUCAUUUGCGUGAUAUAACGUAACGUGCAUGUUAAAAUGCAUCCCGGAAUGAUGAUAUGAUAUGACUAUGUUGUUAUCCUAUAAUAAUGCUCCAGUAUAUGCGUUAACCUGAUAAAAGUGUUGAAACACUAAUAAUGAUAAUAAUAAUAAUAAUAAUAAUACUCCUGGUAAUACUGCGCACUAUAAUUUCAUUUUGGGAAUAUAUAUUUUCCAAGUAUAAGGCGUCACAUGUUCACUUGUAAAUUUUCACACUCCUGAUUUGGGACAAAAAAAAACAAAACAUGGGAUUUACAAAACUGUCUAUUUAAAUAUCAAAGCAAUGUCCUUAUUAAAAAUAUGAAUUUGGGAGGCCGGAAAAUUACGUUGGUUUAAAAUGAUUCUUAACAAUAUAAAUGAUCCCAAAAUUUACUCAAACACAUGACGACAGAGCUUUAUAUGAAUAACAAGUGCAAUGCGUCUAAGGUUUCAAAAUGGCGUCAAUGUUGUUGUUUGUCAAAGGAUUCAAAAUGGCGUCAACGUUGUUGUUUGUCUGUACGUGCGCUCUGAUUGGCUGCAAUAGAAAACAGAUGUAUGGCUGGGAAAAAAAAAAUUGCAGUCAUGAGGCUUUGAUGAUGAUGACACAUCAGUUGAACAAAGGAUAAAAUACAUCAUUAUGAAUACAGCCGAUAUCCAAGUAUCUCAUAAAAAUGGAAAAAUAGAUGCGGACUAUUGAAGUUAGCCGAAAGAAAGUAAAGAAGAUCAGAGAUGGUUCGGAUGCAUCGAUUAAUCAACCUCGGCAACGGAGUCAGCGGCUUCGAAGUCCUCCUCUGGUUCUUGACCGGCGUCUCCGUGGUGGUCUUCAUCUGGACGUGGACGACUUCCCCGUCCACGUGCCCCCCGCACGCGAGCGAGCAGGCCGUCACCCGUCCCGAGGGCACCGAGCGCCCGCUGGCCUUCGCCGACAAGAACGUGCGCAGGGUGCGCGUCGUCGGCGUGUUCAGGAGGGACGCGGUGGAGCGGCUGCGUUGUGUCUUCUGCUGCCGCGGGUUCUUGUCCAAACCGGGCCCGGCGAGGGUUCCGCCGCCCAGCCGAGGCUUCGGUUCUCCUUACGUCUACGGCGUCCUGUGUCGGGUGCCGCUGGACUGCCCGGUCACGCGUGUGGCGCUCGGUGUCGGCGAGGGGAACAUGACCUGGCUGCCCAUAGAAUAAUAAAAAUGUAAAGAAUUAAAAAAAAGUGAUUUGACUAUACUCUUGAAUAAAUGGAGAUAACCUCCCACGACCCUCGUGAGGCUCAGCGGCACAAAUCAUGGGUGGAUGGCUAUGGAGAUAAAAAGUAAAAUGUAAAUAAGCAUUUUGGGGGUUUGUCCCCUCACAAAAAAAGACCCCCCAAAAAAAUGGAAACAAAAAUUGAAAAAAAUCCACAUCUGCAAAUAUCCGCAAAUGCUGAACGUAGGGGGUCUACGGAGCCCCUAAAGGGACAUUGAAAAAAAACCCAACUUGUUUCUCAUUGUAAUGAG